UUCUUUCCAUAUGGAGAUGCUUCAAAGUUUGCCCAGCACGCUUUCCGAACCUUUGAUAAAAACGGAGAUGGGACCAUUGACUUCAGAGAGUUCAUUUGUGCACUGUCCAUCACCUCACGAGGGAGUUUUGAGCAAAAGCUGAACUGGGCCUUCAACAUGUACGACCUGGAUGGUGACGGUAAAAUAACAAGAGUGGAAAUGCUGGAAAUUAUAGAG